AUGACCGUGUCAGAGUCUAAGGACCUUCGAGGUCUGAACCUCAUCGCAGCCCAUUCCCACAUUCGCGGCCUCGGCGUCGAUGCUACAACCCUGGAACCUAGAGCUGCCUCUCAGGGUCUUGUUGGACAGGAGAAGGCGCGGAAGGCUGCUGCCGUUAUCCUCCAGAUGAUCAAAGAAGGCAAGAUUGCUGGCCGCGCAGUUCUCAUCGCCGGUCCUCCCAGCACCGGAAAGACGGCCAUUGCAAUGGGAAUGGCGCAGUCCCUCGGCCCCGAUGUCCCUUUUACAACCCUCGCAUCGUCAGAGAUCUUCUCCCUCGAGAUGUCCAAGACCGAAGCCCUCACCCAAGCCUUCCGCAAGUCGAUCGGCGUCCGGAUAAAGGAGGAGAGUGAGAUCAUGGAGGGAGAGGUCGUGGAGAUUCAGAUUGACCGUAGUGUUACGGGCAGCGCCAAGCAGGGAAAGCUGACUAUCAAGACGACCGACAUGGAGGCUGUUUACGACAUGGGCAGCAAGAUGAUUGAUGCGAUGACCAAGGAGCGCGUUAUGGCCGGCGACAUCAUCUCGAUCGACAAGUCUUCUGGAAAGAUCACUAAGCUCGGCCGAUCUUACGCUCGGUCACGCGACUACGAUGCUAUGGGUGUCGACACCAAGUUCCUGCAGUGCCCUGAUGGCGAGAUUCAGAAGCGCAAGGAGGUGGUGCACACUGUUACAUUGCACGAGAUUGAUGUUAUCAAUUCGAGGACACAAGGCUUCCUGGCCCUCUUUUCAGGCGACACAGGAGAGAUCCGCAGCGAGAUCCGAGACCAGAUCAACACCAAGGUCGGCGAGUGGAAGGAGGAGGGCAAGGCCGAGAUCGUCCCCGGUGUUCUGUUCAUGGACGAAGUUCACAUGCUCGAUAUUGAGUGCUUCUCAUACAUCAACCGAGCCCUGGAGGACGACCUGGCGCCUGUGGUGAUCAUGGCCAGCAACCGGGGCAACUCACGCAUCCGUGGCACUGAUUACCGCAGCCCUCACGGUCUGCCUCUGGACUUCCUCGACCGAGUGGUCAUCAUCAACACACACAUGUACAACCCCGAGGAGAUUAAGCAGAUUCUCUCUAUCCGAGCACAAGAAGAGGAGGUUGACGUUCACCCCGACGCGCUUGCGCUUCUGACCAAGAUCGGCCAAGAGGCAGGCCUCCGAUAUGCCAGCAACCUCAUCACCACGUCGCAACUCGUGUCAGCCAAGCGGAGGGCCAAGCAGGUUGAGAUUGGCGAUGUGCAGCGCAGCUUCCAGCUCUUUUACGACCCAGCGCGCAGUGUCAAGUUUGUGAGCGAGUCGGAGAAGCGGCUGAUUGGCAACACGGGCGCUGUGGACUUUUCGGCUACUGGCGCGGCACCGGCCGCAGGCAACGGCGAGAAGAUGGAUCUCAGUUAA